UUCUCUCUCUCUCUCUCCAAACAACAGAAUGCCUCUUUCCAAACCCCUUCCCUUUCUCUCCAACACCCUCCAUUCCCUCUUCAGACCCAUCACCUUUCUCUCCUCCUUUCUCACUCCUCUCCCAAAUUCCCCAAAACACCCACAACGAGAACGACAACAACACCCACAACAACAGAAGCAGCAGCAGCAACAACAAGACCCCUACUCUCUGAUUAAAGAAGACCCCAUCCAGGUAUGCUCCAACCUCUGGCUUCGAACCUUUUCCAACCCCAACACCCAAUUCUCAAACCUCACUGGAUUCCUCAAGAAAUUCGACCUCUGGAUCCUCGCCUACCAGCGCUCCUGCGCUCACCACACCGGUUCCUUCCCCCCCAAGAACGCCAUCCAAAUCCACGUCCUCCGCAACCUCCUUUCCCUCCAAUCUGCUGUCCUCGACGGCCGAUUCCUCUGGAACACAAAGGCUCACCUCUACAUCCGCUCCCCCAGUGAACACCCCAUCAGCCGAUUGCUCUCCAAACGCAAGCUCAAAGCAAUGCUAGAAUCCGACGACACCCCUUUCCAGGACCUCGUCGUUCAAGAGGUCUUGCUAUUGAUUCUGGAGCCCAUUUUUGAGGCUCGCUUCUCACCCAAGUCCCAUGCAUUCCGCCCCGGUCGGAACGCACAUACUGUUAUCCGGACCAUUCGGAGUAAUUUCGCUGGGUACCUUUGGUUCUUGAAGGGGGACUUGAGUGACAUUUUCGAGAAUGUCCAUACGGAUGUUUUGAUGGGUUGUUUGGAGAAGGGUGUUACGGAUAAGAAGGUCUUGGGUCUGAUCAAAUUGGCCAUUAGAGCUCCAGCUAGAUCACGACCGUUGGAUGAUGAAAAUGCUGAUGUUAAUGGAUUCAAUAAAAGGAAGAAGAAGAAGAAAAAGAAGAAAGGUGGUAGGAAGAAAAUAUUGAAUGAGAACGAACCAAAACCCGACCCGUAUUGGUUACGUACUUUCUUUAACUUCGCGCCUGAAGAAGCCGCAAGGGUCCCUUGCUACGGUCACUGCGGGAUUCUUAGUCCUUUGAUUGCCAAUGUAUGUCUUAAUGAGUUGGAUGCUAUGAUGGAUGAUAAGAUUGUGAAGUUCUUUCGCCCGUCUAAGCUUGACUCUAUAUGGAAAGAGUCGAUUACAGAUGGCUGCCAUAAUCCCUCUUGGCCAGAGUUUGUUCCAUCAAGCGGGAGAGAGAAGACGAGGAAAAUGGACUAUAUCCGGUAUGGGGCCCAUAUCUUGAUCGGAAUACGUGGGCCCAGAGAGGAUGCUGUUGAAGUUAGGAAGGAUUUGAUCGAAUUUUGCGAAAGCAGAUAUGGGUUACGAUUGGACAAUUCAAAGGUACAGAUUGAGCACAUCUGUAGGGGCAUUCAAUUCUUGGAUCAUAUAAUAUGUCGGAGGGUGAUACGUCCCACCUUGCGUUAUACAGCCACAGGUGGGACAAUCGUGAGUGAGAGAGGUGUUGGGACACUGCUUUCAGUCACUGCUAGCUUACAGCAGUGUAUUCGGCAUUUCAGGAGGCUCGAUUUUGUCAAAGGUGAUAGAGACCCUGAGCCGCUGCCUUGCACUCCAAUGCUCUAUGCGGGCCAGGCUCACACCAAUGCUCAGAUGAACAAGCUUCUUGAGACAAUGGCAGAUUGGUAUAGAUAUGCGGAUAACCGCAAGAAAGUGGUUGGGUUUUGUGCUUAUGUGAUACGGAGCUCUCUGGCCAAGCUCUAUGCUGCAAGAUACAGGCUGAAGUCCCGUGCGAAGGUAUACAAGAUUGCAUCCCGUGAUCUCAGCCAUCCAUUACGAGAGAGCAGUAGAAAUAACGCCCCGGAGUACUCAGAUCUUUUAAGAAUGGGACUUGUUGAUGUCAUCGAUGGUGUCCAGUUCUCUCACAUGUCAUCAAUUCCUUCUUGUGAUUAUACACCAUUCCCUAGAAACUGGUCACCCGAUCAUGAACGAGUAUUGCGUGAAUAUAUUAGGAUUCAGGACCCAAAAUUUUUUUGUGAACUGCAUAAGUCAGUGAAACGGGAGGGAUUGAGUUUGCCUCAGGACGACAUAUCAAAGAUUGUAUGGGACUAUAAGGUUCAUGGGGUUCGGGGCGAUCGUCCCCGUGGCAAUGUUAAUCAACUUGGGAGCUUUGGCAAGAGUGAUAACGACAUUGGAAAUUCUGAUAUUGGACAAGUAUUUUGAGAUUCUCUAAUGUGCUGUCAUUGUGCUAUUUAUCAUUGUAACCAAUAUACAGAACAGUAACUGCAUGGUUUUGAUCGUCCGUGGUCAUUUAGGUAGAAGAAUGUCAGGUCAUAAAAGGAUUGAGAAAAGACCUGCCAAGUGCCAACACAACUUGCUUUUGUUCAAACAAGCGUCAAGUGCAAUUCAACUAUCUGAAAUAGAAAGGUGUGAAUCCCUGGGGAAUCAGAGAAAUCUCAGGCACCAGUUGAUCACACAUUAUCUGUCAUGAUUGUUUGGUUUCCAGAUUCGAAGCCUUUCUGAAUCAACCCUACUGCUCUAUGUUCUGGUCAUGUGUCAGGCAGAUUAGGGUGGGAUUGUGCUGAUUUGGAUGGGGUUGAGGAUUGCGAACUCAGAUUGCAGCCAGGCAGCUAUAUGGUUUUGCUGAUGCUUUAGGAGGAUAUGCCAGGAAUUUUUCUGUACACUCGCUGCUGGUUGAGAGUAUUGUUAAUCAAUGAUCAUUGCCAUGGAAAAUUGGGAUUGGUGAAGGAUUUGGCUUCUGUGUUUACUGUUUCAUUGUCAUUGGUAUGGGUUUUUGGGGUACAGUGGAUGUCGUAUCAGUUUGAUAAUUAGCUGUUGCCAGAUUAUCUGCGGCAGAGCUAUUGGGAAUUAUCUUGGGACCUGGUACUUAUUUGUGUUGCUGUCCGCUUUUACCAUUUGAUUGCUAGCUGAGUCAAGAAGUUGGUUGGCAUGGAGUUGUUGGUCCAGGAUCUUGAAAUUGGAUUUUUGGGAUUCAAUGAAAGAUUGGACUGCUAUUCAUGAAUCCAGAUUGAGGUCAGUAUGCAGCAGCUGCUUCCUGGCGUCAAUGGUUGACCUUUCAGGUGUGGGUUGUUGGGGUUCCAAAAUAGCAUCAACUGAAGAUUGCUUUCUCAGUUGAAGCUUGGCUGCCUGCACUCAUGGAAUUGUUGGUCCUGCUGUCUAUGCUGUCAGCUUGAUGCCAGGCCAAUUCAUGGGGUUUAUUGCAUUGAGCUUACUUUCAUGCGUGUUCCAGAUUCUGCAUCGUUUCUGAGAGUUUUUAAUUCAGGUCAUGAUAUUAUCAUUUGGUCCUUGUGCUUUGAUCUGUAUUCUCUCUGGGGUCAAGAAGCGUGAAUGGGCCACAUUUUGCUCUCUCAGUGUGUAUGUCAUCCUUAUCUGCUUGGUGGCUUUGGUUGUAAGGGUAACUGGGUUUUGGCUGUCAGCCUUGUAUUCCAUGGUUGUGGUUGAUGCGGGAGCAUGUUGGUGUGAUUCCAAGGAUGCACUGUAUCUCUACGUUGGCGCAGGGUGGCCCACGAGGUGGGGUUUGUGAGAUGCAGAAUGGCCAUGAGGUGGGGCCCAUUGUGAGACCGUGCGAUUCGGGGACCCGUGCGAAGCGGGGGUUGCCCACGGGGAGGUCUCGCCUGGGUUUGCUUGACAGAGCUUGCAUAUAGGAAUAAACCGGUCCUUCCCCAUCAGCUCUAGAGCUUUUAGUGCAUUGGUCGGCUGUCUACUAUCAAAAUGGUAUCAGAGCAGGAGACCAGUGUUCGAGUCACUUCACCAGCGUGGGUGGAUGAUGUGGGUGUGAUUCCGGGUAAGGUGGCCCACGAGGUGAGGUCCGUGAGAUGCAGAAUCCCCACGAUGUGGGGCCCACUGUGGGAUCAUGUGAUUCGGGGACCCGUGCGAAGCAGGGUUUGCCCACGGGGAGGUUUCGUUUGGGUUUGCCUGGGAGAGCCUGGAGCUUUUGAUGUGUUGGUCGGUUGUCUGCUAUCAGUAGUUGUGUGGGGUAAUCUGGUUUAGCCAUUGGUUUUGGCCUUUGGACCUUUUAUAUGCUGGCUUUUGUCUUUGUUCUAAUUCUAGUGGGCUUUCUCUUUGUUUUUUUGUUUUUUUUCUUAUCAAUAAAAGGAUGUCUCAACAUUAAUCGACAUAAUUCAAGAAACUUGCAUUUUUUUA